UGAAAGAAAUCUGCUGUAAACACAGGGCGGCUGCGCCUUAAGUAGGACAAUAAACCGACUCGGUGUCAAUGCCCUAACAAUGGAUGUCGGCGAUAUGGUUAUAAUCAAGUUAAUUUGUUUGCUAUGCUUCAUAAAAACCAAUCAAGGUUACUACGGCAACCCCCUGAACCGGUACGUGCGGCACUAUGAGGGCCUGUCCUACGACACGGAGCAGGUGCACGAGAGUCACCUGAGGGCCAAGAGGGCCAUCGCCCACGACGACCGAGUCCUACACCUGGACUUCCACGCUCAUGGAAGGCAUUUUAACCUGCGGAUGAAGAGGGACACCAAACUGUUCUCCAAUGACUUCAAGCUGGAGAUGAUGGGAGAGGAGACGGACUACGAUACCUCUCACAUCUACACUGGAGAGCUCUACGGAGAGGAAGGCAGUUUGAGCCACGGCUCGGUGGUGGAUGGCAAGUUUGAAGGCUUCAUCUCCACCACUCGGGGCACCUUCUACGUGGAGCCGGCUGACAGAUACAUGGAGGACAAGAACGUCCCCUACCACUCGGUCAUCUACCAUGAGGACGACAUCCAGUACCCCCACAAGUACGGCCCCCGGGGUGGCUGCGCGGACCACAGUGUCUUUGAGAGGAUGAAGAAGCUCCAGAACUCGGGCUUAGAUGAAGCCGGCACUGCGAAGGGUGGUGUGCAGGAGGGUGUGUCGGGUCAAGAGAAGAGUGUGUUUGUGGAGGAGGAAGAGGAAGGCCAUGGGCCCGUGCUGCUCAGGAGGAAGAGGAUGGCCCAGCCAGAGAAGAACACCUGCCAGCUCUUCAUCCAGACAGACCACCUCUUCUACAAGUACUACAAGACCAGGGAGGCAGUCAUCGCACAGAUCUCCAGUCACGUGAAGGCCAUCGAUGCCAUCUACCAGGGCACCGACUUCCAGGGCAUUCGCAACAUCAGCUUCAUGGUGAAGAGGAUACGGAUCAACACGACAAGCGACGAGAGGGACAAGUCCAACCCUUUCCGCUUUGCCAACAUUGGUGUGGAGAAGUUCCUGGAGCUGAAUUCGGAGCAGAACCAUGACGACUACUGCCUGGCCUACGUCUUCACCGAUCGCGACUUUGAUGACGGCGUACUGGGACUGGCCUGGGUGGGAGCCCCAUCAGGUAGUUCAGGUGGCAUCUGUGAGAAGAGUAAGCUGUACUCGGAUGGGAAGAAGAAGUCCCUGAACACGGGUAUUAUCACAGUCCAGAACUAUGCGUCUCACGUCCCGCCCAAGGUCUCGCACAUCACCUUCGCUCACGAGGUCGGACAUAACUUUGGCUCGCCGCAUGAUUCAGGGUCUGAGUGCACGCCGGGCGAGUCUAAGGCCCAGGAGAAGAAGGAGAAGGGCAACUACAUCAUGUAUGCGCGCGCCACCUCGGGAGACAAGUUCAACAACAACAAGUUCUCCGAAUGCAGCGUGCGCAACAUCAGCCAGGUGCUCGACAAGAAGAGGGGCAACUGCUUCGUCGAGUCGGGUCAGCCUAUCUGUGGUAAUGGGCUGGUGGAGCCUGGGGAGGAGUGUGACUGUGGCUACAGCGACCAGUGCAGAGACCAGUGCUGCUACGAUGCCAACCAGCCCGACAACAAGAAGUGCAAACUCAAGGCCAACAAAGUCUGCAGUCCUAGCCAGGGCCCGUGCUGCACACGCGAGUGCACCUACAAGGGGCGCAACGAGAAGUGUCGCGAGGAGUCGGAGUGUGCGCACCAGGGCAUGUGCAACGGGGUCACCCCCCAGUGCCCCACCUCCGAGCCCAAGGCCAACUUCACUGCCUGCCACGGCGAAACACAAGUCUGCCUCAAUGGGGGCUGCUCGGGCUCCAUCUGUGAGAAAUAUGGUCUGGAGGUGUGUACGUGUGCUAGUGUGGACGGGAAGGAUGAGACUGAACUCUGCCACGUCUGCUGUAUGGAGAAGAUGAACCCCAGCACGUGCAGCAGUACCGGCUCAGAGCGCUGGCUGCGCUUCUUCAACCGCAAGGUGACGACCCUGCAGGCGGGCUCUCCCUGCAACGACUUCAAGGGCUACUGCGACGUCUUCAUGCGCUGCCGCCUGGUGGACGCCGACGGACCCUUGGCGCGCCUCAAGAAGGCCAUCUUCAACCCGGAGCUCUACGAGAACAUUGCAGAGUGGAUAGUGGCUCAUUGGUGGGCUGUGCUGUUGAUGGGAAUUGCCCUCAUCAUGCUGAUGGCCGGCUUCAUCAAGAUCUGCAGCGUGCACACGCCCAGCAGCAACCCCAAACUACCGCCUCCAAAACCACUGCCAGGUACCCUGAAGCGCCGCCGGGCCCGAGAGCACGCCGCCAGCCAGCAGCACCAGCACCAGCAUGCCCACCAGAACCAACACGGCCACCAGAACCAACACGGAGGACACCAGAACCAGCACCCGCGCCAGCACCAGGCGCCGCGCCAGCCCCACCCCCAGCGCCACCACCGGCAGCCCCGGGAGAACUACCAGAUGGGCCAGAUGCGCCGCUGACCCCCAUGACCCUUGACCCUUCACCCCCCUGGUCUCUCACCUGCCAUCUCACCAUGCACACUCCCCUCUCUCCUCCUUCCUCUCAAUGCCUACAGCACAGUGGGAUGGACUUUUUCACUUUCUCCAAAGACCUAACUACCACAGACCUAUACACACCUAGACCUAUAUACACACACACACACACACACACACACACACACACACACACAAGCACUUUUCAGUAGCCAUGCGCACACACACAUACACAUACACACGCACAAUCUCUCUCUCUCUCUCUCACACACACACACACACACACACACACACACACACACACACACACACACACACUCACACAAUCAUCAUGUACUAUAUCUGACUGGACAAGAGAAAUGCAGCAUCAGUGCUUACUCGUGAGUGUGCAUGCACUGAAACACAACAGAGAUUAUCAAACCAUUCUGCUUCCUACAUACAUGCACGCACACACACACGCACAAUCAAGAUUUUAGAAGGGUGGAUCUUGAAGCUGACAGGAGUGCUGGCAAGAUGAAGCCUUGUUUGGGAUGUCUUAAAAUCUCUCCAUCUUCACCUUUCCCUCUCUCUUUCUGCCUUUUUUCUCUCUUCUCUCCAUUUCUUGCCAUCUCUUCUCUCUCUCUCUCUCUCUCUCUCUCUC